GGACACCUGCGGGCGGGGCGGGGCUGUCCGGCGGCGGCGGCGGCGGCGAGUCUAGCGGAGCCCGAGCGAGCGCCCCGCGGGAGGCAGAGGAGCGGCGGAGGGUCCCGGCAAGCGCGGCCGCAGCUCAGCUCCCCGCCGCAGGUCGCUGAGACCCUCGGAGUGCUGCUAGCUGCCAGUGUGGAAGCCCAAGUCGCUCACCAUGGCCAGCCAAGACCUUGCCAGCGCUCAGGAGCUCCUGGAUCUCACCUUCCAAUCCCUGGCUUGCAAGCACAUGGACCUCAAGCAGCUGGAGCUGGACACGGCCGCAGCCAAAGUGGACGAGCUCUCCAAGCAGCUGGAGUCGCUCUGGACGGACCAUCCUGGGCCACCCGCCCUGCCAUCCCUGAUGGCUGACAGGUACAGCUCCAUCUCUUCUCCGGACCUGCUGAAGAUGGACGCCCGGGCCGCCUCUCCCCUGCACCUGCGGAAGAGCCCCACCUGGGACCUCGUGGAGCCCAGUGGCCCCCACAGCUUGUCCCCCUACAGCUCCUCGCCCAGCCAGCUUCUGGCCCCCAAGCCCACCCUGGGACGCCCCUCCUCCCCACGGCCUUCCUUCUUCCUGCAGUCGGAUGUGGACUGGAGCCCCAUAGCACCCUCCAGGCCCAAAGUCAUGGCCGUCCCUUACGAGGGCCUGUCAGGCCCCGGGGCCCAUGGUGGGUCCCCUCGCUGCCUCCGGCCUGCCGGCCUUCCUGAGCGCCAAUUUGACUACCGGCCAUUUGCUGCCACCGGCGGGUGGGGGGGCCGGGCUGGUUCUCCGCGGCUGCCUGGAGAAAGCUCCAUGUCCCAGGCCUUCUUCCCAGAGCGAGGGCCCUCUCCGCGCCCCCCUCUCCCGCCCCCCUACGAGAACCACAGCCUGUAUCCUUCGGCGCCAGGCUCCUUCUGGGCACAAGACGACAUGGUGAUGCGCAGGAGAGCGCCCAAAAGCUGGAACGAAUCGGAUCUGGAUGUGACCUAUGAAAAGAAGGCACCGCACCCUGUUGGCUACGAGCGUGUGGAUCCGCACGCAAGCCUUCGCCAGAACGCGGCUGGGCUGCCCCUGGCUCCCUGGAAGGAGUCCAGCCUGGAUGGGGGCUGGCCAGGCAAGGAGGAACAUUAUGGGAUGAACAGCGCCACCUUGCCCAGGAAUUACAAGGUCUCGGCCCUGGCCGGCGAGAGGCGCCCGGACAGCUCCUUCCGCCGCUCCCUGGGCGCCAACCAGGCCGGCACCCUGCCCCGCAACUGGCAGCCCAUCUCCCGCAUCCCCAUCCCCCCGCCUGCCCCGCAGGGCGGCAGCCUCCCCAGGCGCCACAAGCCACUGCCCCUCUCCAUGAUCUUCCGGCUGCAGAAUGCCUUCUGGGAGUCGGGCGCGGCAGGUGGCAAACUCGGGCUGCCCCCGGGACCGGUGGGGUCGCCGUUGGCCCUGCGCUCCUUGCAGAAGCUGCUGCUGCAACAGCCGGCUGUUCCAGCGCAGCCCCCCCUCUGGACGGUGCAGCCCGGCAGCGAAGGCAAUGCCAGCCCCAGAGCGCCAGUGGUGCCAGCUGAGCGCAUCGUGCCCAUCGUCCUGACCCCGAGCGAAGCGGAGCCCGAGCUGGAGAGCCUCUUGCCAGGCAGUGAGCCGGCCGAGAUGGACGACCUGGCCCGGCCCCUCAGCCCCACCCGGCUGCAGCCAGUCCUCCCGCCCGAGGCCCAGAAGGUGCCCGAGUUUGAGGAAGUGGCCCGGGUGCUGGCAGAGAUGCCUCGGCCCCUGAAGCGCAGGGGGUCCAUGGAGCAGAACCCCAGCCCGGCCCUGCUGCCCCCCCACAAGAAGCAGUACCAGCAGAUCAUCAGCCGCCUGUUCCACCACCAGCCCCGCAAGGAGGAGGCUGCUCCCACGGGGGACCCCCCCUCUCAGCCGGACCUCUCGCCCAUCACUGAGGCUGCGGAGCAGAAGGGGGGCCCGGCCAUGACCCCUCCGCCAGCACCAGAGAGUCCGGCCACUCUCUCUCCAAUGGCCAGCCCGGAGAAGCGUUCGGUGCUGCGCAAGGUCUCUUCCCCCCGGAAACGGACGACCAAGAAAGCGCGGCUCAACCCCUUGGUGCUGCUGCUGGACACGGCCCUGACUGGAGAGCUGGAGGUGGUCAAGGAGGCGGUGAAGGAGCUGAAUGACCCGAGCCAGCCGAAUGACGAGGGCAUCACCGCCCUGCACAAUGCCAUCUGUGGGGCCAACUACAGCAUUGUGGACUUCCUGAUCAACAUUGGGGCCAAUGUCAAUUCUCCAGACAGCCACGGCUGGACCCCCCUGCACUGUGCAGCUUCUUGCAAUGACACUGCCAUCUGCAUCGCUCUGGUGAAGCAUGGGGCCGCCAUCUUUGCCACCACAUUCAGCGACGGGAGCCUGGCCAUCGAGAAGUGCGACCCAUAUCGAGAAGGCUACAACGAGUGCUUCAGCUACCUGGCAGAUGUGGAGCAGAACAUGGGGCUGAUGAAUAAUGGGGUGGUCUACGCCCUGUGGGACUACAGUGCUGAAUUCAGCGACGAGCUCUCCUUCCGCGAGGGCGAGCCGGUCACCGUGCUGCGCCGGGAUGGCCAGGAGGAGCUGGACUGGUGGUGGGCCUCUCUCUAUGGCCAGGAGGGCUAUGUGCCCAAAAAUUACUUUGGGCUGUUCCCCAGAGUGAGGCCCCAGCAACAGAAGACGUAAAGCUCCAGCGAGGCUGUCGGUGGGGGAGAGCGGGAGCCCGAUGGUGGGACUCGCAUCCGUGCCCGUGGAGAGACCCAGGGGAGGGUCCCUUUCCCUGCUUCUGCUGGCCACCCUCUGCUUUCAGAAGAGCGUAAACGGAGGGGGAGGGGUGGCAUUCAACCCUUCCACACUAUCCCCCUCCUCUGUCGCCUUUCUUGCUUCUCUAUGUGAAUCCCACUCCCCAACUGGGAGGAGAGCUUUGGUGUCUUCCACAACAGCCACUGCAGCGAUGCGCCCCUUCCCCAAAGGCUGACCAGGGAAAUUGGUGCAGUGCAUCUGGGGCUUGGCUGCACUGGGGGGGCUCGGCUUCCAGUUCUCCUCUGCCCCAGUUUUGCUGACUUUCCUCUGGAGCCCCCAGCAGAGUUUGCCUUCCGGACUUCAUCCUUGGGGUCACUGUGGUGCUGCUGCCCUCAACUCACAGUUGGUGGGACUUUCAACAUCUUUUCUUUUUACCCUCACCAACCCGGUGAAGAAAGAAGAAAGAUGGGGCACCGCCUGGCUCUUUCUGUGCCUUCUUCUUGGGCAUCUGGAGAAAGAGUGAACUGCUGUGCAAGGACAGAGUGCAGAAGUGGGUGGGGGGCACAGCCCCCGGGAGUUGAACUAAAAGCCAUGGGCUCUGUAGUCUACACUUCAUUUUAAAUGGGCUAUCCUCAACUCCAGAAGUUAUUUCUCAAAAAUUCUCACUGCACUCAAGACACGUACGGCUGACAAGUACCCCAUCAUUUUGAAAUGAGUUAAGUGAUCCCAAGUUGUCACCUCUCCGUAUAACUCUCAAGUGAUGCCAAGGCUGGGAUCUGCUCCCCAUGAUUCGACAUUAAGACUGCAGUGCAGGGGUCUCCUGAAUCUGGAGCAGCCAACUCUUCCCUCUCAGAGAAGCAUAGCCCCCCCAUUUUUACAAAUCAUGUCUAAAGUUGAACCCCAUUGUGGACUUGAUUCCCCGAGGUUGCAGCUGAUGUUCUGCCAGGGUGGAAGAGAAUGCCCAUGGCUGCUUAACCUGAGUAACUCAAAGCAUCCCACUCCUACUCAGGAGGGAGGAAGGUGGGGAGGACCCUGAGUCAGUCUGCCCUGCUGAGAGCUGACAGAGGCCGUGCAGCUGGGCAGCAGCUGGGCUCCUUCCUAGCCAGUGCUGCCCACAGGCUGAUAUUCCAGCUACAGCAGAGGGCUGUGCACGAUGUUGGUGCUCAUUGUGCAUACUCUACAGCUGGAAUGAGAUCACAGGGAGGGAGGGAGGAUGAUGCCCCCUGCUCAGUGCCGCCUUUUUGCCCACCUGGGCAGAAGCUGCAACUUGCGUGCCAAAGCUUGGUUUCUGUGCCUGCCUCUGCCAAGCCAGCGUGGGGCCUCCGUGAGAGCUUCGCCUGGCCAAGAGCCCCUUCUUUUCACACUGCGCCUUAAUUUGGGCCGGGAUGCCAGGGCGUGUCCUGAUGCUUCUGGGGUGCCUUUGGUGGGCGCUAGGGAGGCAAUUUUGUGCCUUUAAGGGGGUGGAGCCUUUCAGGAAUAGCUUCAUGCAGGUUGGGGGUCCGUGGCCUGCAGGUCCCGCAUCUGAAGGCUGCUUCAGUUGGGGCUUGGCCAGGCCCAGAUCCAGGGAGGGGGGUCGCUGGGGUCCAGGUGGGCCCUUCCUGGGAUUGUUGGUAGCCCUGGCUGGAAAAUGUAGCAUUCUGUAAUAAAAUGGUCUAACUGGACAAA